AUGUCGAUCAUACAAGGGUUGGCAGGAUCAUAUGGGAAGAUUGAGCAGCCCAGAAAAGCUAUGAAGUUAUUUAAAAGACCGCCCGGGCCGCAAUGUGUAAAACAAGAAUUGCAGAUGUGGGAUUUCAUGUAUUUACGAUCUCUCCAGGAGCUACGAAGUCUUCGGGAAAUACAAAGAAGCUAUUGUUUGCGUAAAAUAUGGAAUCCAUACACACAAAAAGGCUCUGCAUUACAGGCACAACGAUUAUUUGUUUUGGAACACAGCUCUGGCGAGAAUUUAUGUGGAGGAUAGCCAACCACAGAAAGCCGCGGCAUUUCUUCAGAAAGUUAUUUCAAAUCGAGAGAAUAAAGUGGAAUCUGAAAACGUUUAUUUGCUCGAUGCACGGGUUUAUCUAGCGGAUGCGUUUAUCAAGCUUGGACAUCCUCAGGAGCCAUUACCGAUUCUCCGAGAAGUGACUCGCAUAAGAGCAGACAUAUCAUCAUCCUAUGACAAACGUCGUAUCUGGUAUGAGCACCUUCUUUCUCAUUGCCUUGAUCUUAUCGAACAAAACACAUCAGAAGAUGGUGUCUACAUACCCGACUCGGACGCCGACUCAUUGGAUAAUCUCCCUGAUAUCGAUCCUGAUAACCUCAGCGAUAUUCAUACGCCUGACAUCUCUGACUAUUGUUCCUUUGAGAUUUCGGAUCCCGAAGAUGAUUCUGAGCCAGAGUCUCCAUCCGAAUCGCACCCUUUACGUGUUAGCGACUCCAAAUCGAAGGCUGUACCAGGUGAUUCUAGCAAUGCAGGGAGAGAAUUUGCACCAGAGGCAUCGUCCAUUUGA